UAGCAAGAAGAAAUAUAAAAUGUGUUCUAUUUUAAGAAAAAAAAUGGGGCCCAUGAAAGACAAGUCAUCAUACAUUCUCCAUGGUCACAAUGGGACAUACUUAGACUAAAAAAAUUAUUUGACAUUUCUCUGAAAUUCAAAUUAAAUUGGGCAUCUAAUGUUUUUAUUUGCUAAAUCUGUCAACCUUAUCUAUAUUCAUUCAAGAAAGGACUAUAUUUUCCUGACCACAAAGAAGCGUAAAAUACACGAUUGCUAGUGUUAAUAGAAACGGUUAUAUCAAAUCCUUUCUACCAAUUCAAAUAUAUUUUAUAUUUAUAAUAGGACAGUGGCAAUCCAUGAUAGAAUUAUGUUGCUUUCUAUGAAGUUAAGAAAAUAUAAUUUUUUGAAUUUUAGUAAAAAACUACUCAGCACUGUACAUUUCUUACCUCUGAACUUCCAUUAUUGCUAAAGUAAGUUGAUAUGAGCUCAGUUAAAUACCCACUAUGACACGUACCUCACUUAACUUAGGCCCAGAGCAAUCACUGCUGCCCUUGAUAAGACACCAAGCAGCACUGGCUGAGUUUACACAAGGUUAUGAGUCGGGCAUACCAACUUUCUAUAUUUCAGGGCCUCUGAAAUCAAGGACUUCUGAAUGAGACACCAGUCUUUUUCACAUAUUACAUUAAAUUGUCAAACCAAUAUUAUUCCUUUAAAAAAGGGGUAGCGGGUGAACUGGAAGAUAAUACAUUUUUGACAUUAUGGGACUUUCUGGAGGCUUGGAUUAUUCAAAAUGAUUGGAUGGAAAUUUUCUUUAUAAUUUUUUCUGGGAAUUGUUUUUGAGAUAAUAUUCAUGAAAACUUGUGCAUACUUUUGGAAGAAUCCCACACUUCCUGAAAAGGGUAGAUCAGAUGUCCAGGAGAGGGAAGACAGUUGCCUGAAGAGCAUGACAUUUGCUCCAGAGAAUUUGUCAGUUAUUAACUCAUCUUCAGAAGAAAGAUGGAGUCUCGUUCUGUUGCCCAGGCUGGAGUGCAAUGGCACAACCUCAUCUCACUGCAACCUCCACCUCCUGUGUUCGAGUGACUCUCCUGCCUCAGCCUCCGCCUCCGGAGUUGGGGCUACAGGACUGCCUGAGCUGGGACUACAGGUGCAUGCCACCAGGCCCAGAGUUGGCACCUUUUCAGAAAAAAGAAUUACUUCAUUACUUACAUCUGAAGAAAAGGAAUGUAACUUUGAAGAUAGAAUUUUAUUAUCACAUGAAAUAAUAAGGUCAGGUACUACUGAAAGUGAAGAACAAGUAAGUCACUCUAGUGAAAGUCAUAUGCCAUCUUCAAAUGGCAUCAGCUCAUCUUUGUCGUCGUUUCAUUCAGAAGUAGCGGAAAUGUGUCUAAGCCAUACAGGACAUCCAAUGAAUAUGAAACAGUGCAAUGAAUAUGAAACAAUGCAAUAUGAAUAUGAAACAACACAAUUUUCCUCCAAGAAAUUAUUUUCAAUGAUGAAAACCAACAAAAACGAAAAUUCAGACUUUUCUUCUGAUCUUAGCUUUUCAGCUUCUAGAUUCACUGUAGAAAAUGAAGACCUAGAUGCGGCAUCUUGCCCUCCUGCCCAUUUAUUUCUUUCUAGAGAUCAAGUUAGCCUUCUGGAAGAAAAUGUGAGAAAUCGUAUUUUUCUUCCAAAGCCAAAAGCUAAGUUAGAGGGUAAAAGUACUUACCCAUGUUCGGGAUCUCAUGAGUCCUUGAGUCAGAACCAAGCUUCCGUUGGAAUGGUUAUUUCUGUCCAAGCACAGGAUUCUUUUCCAGGACAAAAUACUAUUCAGAGUCAGGGUCUUUAUGAAGCCCAAUUGACUAGUCAAGCCCAAUAUGUGAAUCAUAACCAAGAAUCAAUCAACAGCCAGCCUGAUAUUAAGGCCAGCGACUUUGCCCAGCCUCGAAAUGUGAUGACGAAGCCAUUUUCUAGCAGCGCACAGGACUCAUUUCAGUCCCAAGAUUUGGAAAGGAACCAACAUUUUGUUGAAGUUCCAUCAGUCGUUGAGGCACAAUAUUCAGUCAAGAGCCUGGAGUCUGAUGAACACUUAGGUGAAUAUUCAAACAAGAUUAAAUAUUCAACUAAGAGGCAAGAUACUAUUUUUAAGAAUGCUGGAUUUCUAGUUUUAACUCUGAAUCCAGAUUUAGUUGCUGAAGAUAUUCCACACCUAAGGAGUGUAAAACCACAAGGCCAGCAACAAAUUGUUUCAUCAGAAUUAAACCAAGAUUCUGUAUAUAGCUCAGUGCCUCUUUCGUCUACCAUUAAAGGGCAGAAAAAUAGAAGAAAAACACCAGACAGUAAAAACAAACUCAGUCUUAAUGUUCCAUCUCUAAAAGCCAGAAAACCACCAACUUCACAAGUAUUUCAAAUCACAGCAUGUCACACUUUAAGAAAAAAUAGGAAUGAGUUAGGAUGCAAGAAUAACACUGAAAAGAAAGAAUUACAUGAAAGGAAAGAUAUAUCAGAUGUAGCUUUGCAUCUUAUUUCUGUUUCCAAGCUUAUUCUGCCUUAUGUUAAAACUUAUUCCAGAAAACAACUAGUGAAAUUCAUGCCAGAUUUACUAAAACGUGGACAUUUUCUGCAGAAGAAAAAUAAGUCACCAGAUACAGAGAAAAUCAAUUAUCCGGGUGCUGCUGAGAGGACAGAAAUCUCACGUGUUACUAAAAAGGAAAAGGAGCGUGACAAUGAAAAUAAAGGACUAAAAAAUAUUUCACCAAAAAUCUUAUCUCAGCUAGAAAAAUUCUUCAUGGUCAACACCGAUCAACUAAAAGCACCUUGUUUACUAGUAGAAACAAAUGGGAAAAGUAAGGAAUCUCUUAAAGACCCAGUUACACAAGCAAAGGAAAUUGCUAUUACAGAAUUUCAUGCUCCAAAUAGUAGAAAACCAUUUGAUCUGCAUAUUCUGAAGCACAAGACAUCUUUAGAAGAUGCUAUAUCAAAACCUAGGCAGAAGCUCAUUUCCUCUCCCAAAGUGGAAUCGAACAAUAGAAUGAAAAUACAGGAGGUCCUGCAAAGUUCAGAGAAUGCCCAUCGUCAACUUUCAGGUGGAGGGGAUUUACCAACCAGUACACCAAAAAUGCAAAGGUGCUUUCCAAGGGAAAAUACACAGAGACAAAAAGAUUUUUUGGAACUUGUUCUGGAGUUGUCAAAUGUCCAUUUGCCAGUUUCCCUGGGAAGCAAUAUGCACAAAAGCAGUGAAGAAUUAAGAGCCAUAAAAAUUCAAGUGAGUACAGAAAGUGUAAAUCUGCAGGAAAAUAAACCACUGAUACUUAAUGUUACAGAUGACGUAAGUGAAAGUGAGGAACUAGAAUGCAACACGAGAAAUAACAUAACGAACAUGCAUCAAGAUAAAGAAAUGUCUGAUGAAUUUCACAGUGCCACUUACACUACCACUUCUGAACUAUCUCAUACAGAAAUGCAUAGCAGAUUAAAAGCAAAGGCAGACACAUUAAGAAGAAUAAGGGUCAGUCACUCAGUGUCAAAGCAUGAGAAAUUACCAGAUGAGAAGAAAACACAGAAUGCAGAAUACAUUGAUAAAAGCUCUACAUUUAAAAAGUCACAACAACGUGAUAGAAAGGAAGAGGAGAAAGAAGCAACUUCAGAGCUGACACAAGACUUCAGUUUCAGCAUGCAUCUAAAGCAAAGACCCAAAUACAUCAAAUUUGAAAUGGAACAGAUCAGUUCAGGAAGUAGUAAAGCCCCAAACAAAGAGCAAGAGAUACAACCACAAACUCUUUCUACACAAACAAUUUUGGAGACUAGUCCAUGCCCCAUGAUGGAUCCAUUUCAAGUUGAGAAGGUGAAGCAAAGCACAGAUAGACCUACAGACAGAAAGAGUGCUGCAGAUCCAAAGAAUCCACUUACAGUGCCAGAGAACUUGGCAGUUGGUGAACUUUCAAUUGAAACAACAGAGUAUAGUGUUCCAUUUGGUGGAAACCUCCGAAAGACAAUGGAUGGUCAUAUUGUAGAAGAAAAAGAAGACGUGAAAAGAGAUUUACCUGCAGUUUCCCUAGGGUCUUUCAAUAUCCACUUGCUUACUUCAUCACAUCUUAAAAGGCAGAAAAUUAAAAAAAAAUUAUCAGAAACAAAAAAUGAACUCAGUGUCAAAUAUGUAAUUAUGAAAGUAAAGAAGCCAGCAAUCUCACUGAUGCCUUACAUCAAUAUAUGUGGUACUCCAAACCACAGGAAAAAAAUGGGAGGCAAUUUUGAAAUCAUAAUUAAACAGAUACUGCAAGAUAAAAUUGUGGCAGGUGUGCUUCUGAAUGUUAUUAACCCUCACAUGUCUAUUUUGCCUAAUACUAGAAUGCACAGCAGAUUAAAUGCAGAGAAUCAUAGUCAUAUAAAGGUAGUCCAAGAGGAAUCCCAAAUUGGAAGGGAAGAAAAGUGUCCAGCUUUCAUUAAUAAGGGAAUAGCCAAUGUAACUUUGAAGGCAAAGCAACUGCCAAUUUCACAGUUGUUUAAUAUCAUAAGAUAUCCUAGAGAAAACCAUGGAAAGAAAAAGCAACACCACUUUAAGUACAAGACGAAAGGGAGGCAAUGGUACACAAGUAGAGGAGAGGCAUUACUCAGUGCCACUGAAUACGCGAAGAGUCUACCAUCCAAAUCAGUGAUCGAUAAGCUCUUAUUCAACACAGCAGUGAGGGGCAUUCUGUCUAACAGAACAUGCAGACAAAAUCUGGAUGGUCUUACAGAUGAAAAGGAAGAGGUACAAGAAAACGUAGCUGCAACUUCCUUGGGUCCUUUAGAUUUCCUCAUGCCGGUUUUAUCUGACCCUAAAAACCAGAUGAACACAGUUAACUUAUCAGAAAAAGAAAUUAUACUGGAUUCUAAAUAUUUACCUAGGAAGGAAAAGAAGUCAUCCAUUUCACAGAUACAUAAAAUCAACAGGCAAUCUGCCACAAAACAUAGGAAGAAACUUAAAUCCUAUUUAAAAACUCUAUCUAACAGAACACUCCAAGAAAAUCAUGGUCAUAUUACAGAGGAAAAGGAAGAGGUACAAGAAAACUUAGCUGCAAGCUUCUUGGGUUCUUUAGAUUUCUUCAUGCAUGUUUUAUCUGACUCUAAAAGCCAGAUAAACACAGUACAGUUAUCAGAAAGGAAAAUUAUAUUGAAUCACAAAUGUUUAACUCUGAAGGAAAAGAAGGCACCCGUUUCACAGAUACAUAAAAUCAAUAGACAGUUUACUACAAAACAUAGGAAGAAACUGGAAUCCAAUUUAAAAACCAAACUGAAAGCAAUGUGGCGAGGUGUAAAUGUGGCUGAUACAUUUCCAAAUACCAUUUUCUUCACACCAGAUACCGCUGACAUUGAAAAGCAAAGCAGAUUCCAAACAGAGAUAGACAUGAGAAUAUCAGGGUUAAGUCAUCCACAACCAACACAAAUAGAGUCGCCAGCUGAAUGGAUAACAAGGUAUUCUGAUUCCACUGACAAGAGAGGAACUUCCAACUUGUUAAAGGGGGCAAAACUUCAUGAUAGAGAAAGUGGGGAAGAGAAGCAAGAACAUCUUACAGAAAUGGGUUCAUUCUGUGCAGAAAACUUCACAGCAAAUACAUAUCUUAGAAAGGAUCCUCAUCCUGGUAAAUCAGAAGAUGUGCUUUUGGGAGAACCUUUUUUCUCCAAAAGUCAGAUUUACAAAGGAAAUUCAGAAAAAAAUGUAAAAACAGAAAAAAACAAAAAUGGAAAAGGAAGUCUCAAAGUUGGGCUCCCAAGGAAGGAGACAUCAGCUAAUUGUGCAGAACUGAGUGAGCCAACAGAUGAUGCCAUAUCAAAUAAAUACGAUAAAGAGAACACUGGCUAUUCUGUUUUAAAAGAAGAAGUGUUCUGUAAUCUGGCAGGAAUUGUCCCUGGUUCUGUUGGCAGGCAUUUGCCUGCUUCAGAGGAGAUGAAAAGACAGAAUGACAGCCUUAAAAUAGCUGACAGGUCAAGUCCCAAAGGUAGACCUUUGCAGGCAAAGCAAUCAGCAGUUCCACAAUCAUUUGAUACUGCAGGUCAUGCUGUUCUAAUCAUUCAUGAGGAACAGAAACAGAACUCUAAAGCCCAGACGACAGAAGUAGAGAGAAAUGAAGCUGCAUUAAAGCUAAAAUCUACAUGUGUUUCUAUACCUAGUCUACUACACAUAAAAAUGGAGCAAUCAGCUGGCACCUGGGAUAUAGAUGAACAAACUUCUGAAACAAGAAAUGCCUUAAACAAAGCAAAAGUUAGGGAGAAAGAAGGGUAUGGACAACAGGUUUGCUUCCGAACAGCUCCACAGUAUAUCCAGCCACCUGAGUUUGGAGCAGGUCAAAUGAGAGAGCCUGGUCCUUUCAAAGCAGAAGCACCUUUGGUCAGUACAGUGUUUUCUAAGAACAUCACUCCCCAGAAAACAGAAGUUGAUUCAAUGGAUCAAGUAGCAAAGAUAAAUGUUGCAGAAGAGUUUAAUCCAGAGUCUGUUGUUUUCUCUAAGAUAAAUCAACUUCAAAUUGAAAGCAAGAAAGAAUUUAAAACUGAAGACUGGAAAACAAGAGCAGAUCCCAAGACACUUGCCCUGCAAAAGAAACAGCAAGAGCCGUGUGUCUCAGGCACUACCUGGAGUUCUCCUAAUCCCUACACAUCUAUUUUUACUAAAAUCAUAAGACAUAAAGAGAAGGCAAAGACAGCAGAUGUGGAAAGUACUCUGCAUACCAAGCAGGUAAAAUUGAAGGCAAAGGAAAUACCAGUUUCCCAGGUGCUUGAAUGUGGUACUGCAGGCAAUCAAAAAGAACCCAGAGGUAACAUCCAGCAGCAGAAGGCAUUCCAGCUGAGUGAAAAUGCAGUACAUGGAGUUCUAAAGGCUGUUUAUGACUCUGGAUACUAUGUGUCUGGCAUUAAAAAGCUUACAGAAGUAAAAAUGGAGAAAGACAAGCCAAAAGACACGGCAUGCAUUCUUCCACAGUUAAAGCUGGAGAAACCACUACAAGAAACGCAAAGGUCAUUGUCGGGAUGUACUGAUAUGUCCGGCAUUCUUAGGAAACGGGAACAAGAUAGUAGAGAAAAGGAACAAAAACACCAAAGCAUUUUAGAAGACACAUCCCAAUACUAUAUUGAACCAUUAAGAAUUAGUUCACAACAAAUUAAUUACAGUAGUUGUGACACCCCAAGAAUUAGAAAAGAUGUAGAACUUGAAUUUCUCUUUGCACAAAGAGCAAAGGAAAAAGAUACAGGCAUGGCCAAACAUCCAGUUUCAGUUCCAGCUCCAUGGGGGAGCGAAGGAUCGAAGGGAUUAGAUAUUCCACUAAACUCAAAAGGACAGAAUAGACUUUUUACAGAGUUAGAUACUUCUCAACAGAUUUGCCAGGAGCAGGAAUUGCUGACACAAGAAGGUAUUUCUAUGACAAACCUGGAGUCAAUGGCCUGCGCCAUUAUGGAACCUCUUCAUUUGGAAAACCCAGGAAAGACAGCUGAGGAAGAAGAUGUGUACAUUAACAGAAAAAAUAUUCCACACGUAUUGGGAAGAGAAGGAUUAAAGGAAACUGAUAUCUUAAUAGGUUCUAAAGGACAGAAAUUUUUUUGUACAAAUUCAGAGGUUCACAAAGUGCCUACAGUGCAGAAAGGACAGGUGAAUCCAGAUUAUGUUCCUGAAAGUAUUCUGGAUUCUGUAUCUUUCCCCAGGAAGGACCCUCUUCACUUAAAACAGACAGAGAAAACAAGGAAAGAAAAUGUUAGCAUCUCUGAAAGUUUCAAUGAAAAUCUUUGGGGAAGAGAGCAAUCAAAAUUAACUAAUAUUACAUUAAAAUCAAAUAGAAAGAAAAUGGACUUUUCAAAAAAAUUGAGUGCAAAGCAACUAAGUAGUUGUUAUCAGAAUAAAGAGAAUAUUCUGGAAUCCAUUUUCCCUUGCACACUGCAUCAACUUCAUAUUGAAAAUCCCAAGAAAGAAGGCUCAGCAGAAGAAAUAAUGAGUUCAAAAGUUUUAGGCCCAAUGAUAGAGAAGGCACCACACAAAGUAGGCAUUCCGGUGGAUCAACCUCCAUUGUCAGCAGGAAUACAUUUGAAUAUUAAAAGAAGAAAAGAACAUCCGCAAGAAAGUACACACAAGGCUUCUCCAGCAUCUGCUUCUCACUCUUUAAUGGACAUACAUGAAAUUAAGUCACCAGAAGUAAAGACAGCAGAUAGUUCAGGGUACCACAUUUCAAGUACAAAAGAAACUGGCUUGCUUUUUCCAGGACAGUCAGAACAAGAAGAAAAAUGUACACACGAGGCUCUUCCGAAGUCUGCACCUCACUCCAAAACAGAUCUACAUCAAUUCAAUGCCUCGAUGCAAGAAGAGAAAUUAGAUGCUGUGAAUAUUCUGCAUUAUGACCAUUUAACUUCACAGGCUAGAGGAGCAGUAAAACAAAUGGAUGUUAUAGUUGGAUAUACUCAAAACAGUAAAAAAAGACAAGCCUUAUUCGAAACGGGCCAAAAAUGGCAGUGCCUACCAAUUUCCCAUGAGAACUUUUCGGAGCAUAUGUCUUAUCCUGAAAAGUAUCUCUGUCUCCUGCAACAUUUAAUGCCUCAGGAAAAGGAAGCAAUAUCAGAAGGACGUAAUGCAUCAAGCCGGACUCCAGGACUAGACUUGUUUUCUGAAGAUCAAAUAAGUGCUGUCACUAAGGAUGGACUAGAAGGGAUUGUGCCCUUGAUUACUCCAAGGCAGAUGAGAAAACAAGAUACAAUGCUGCCUUUAGGAUCAUACCAUAAAACUGUGAAAUAUCCAAGUCUCUUAUUUCUGAAAGGAAUGAAAUCAUCAGAUGGGGUACAGGUCUUUGAUUUAAUAUCAAAUAACAGCUCACCCAACUUGAGAUUUGGGAAUAAAACAGAAUCACAUAAGGCAAAUCAAAAGGUGCAAAAAGAAGCAUGUCUGCCUGUAAUAUUACAUCCUCUUUCUGUAUCCAUGCCUAUUUUGCCAGAAAGUAAGGGACAGAUGGAUAGCAUAAAACAAGUUAUUAGGAAAGGUGUGAUACAUCACAAAAGAAGAACUCCAAUAUUGAAGAAAUCAGUAUUUUCACAUAUACUCAAUACCAAUGACUGUGGUGCCCCAAGUAACAGACUAGAAAUGCAGUGGAACGUGACAGAGAAGAUGAUCAAUGUGAAACACAGAAUGAGUGAACUAGAUUUGGUUGCGGCAAAAAUAUAUGAGUCCAUUCUUUCUUUACCUCACUUCAAAUUGAAUAAAGAGGCAAUUGAUGGGGUCAUCUCAAAUAAUGUUAAAAGGAUAAAACAACAUAGAUCACAGGGAGAGAAGAAGGAUAGAGUAAAAGCAAUGGAUAUGAAAAGAAUAAAAAGCCCUAACAUCAUUUUGAAGCCAAAUAAAUCAUCACUGUCACAUAUAUUCAGUAUAAAGGAAUUUCCUUUGCUGUUGGAUGUUAUGAAACAAGAGGGCAAGAUGCAAGAAGGUAAAGGUAAAUCAGAUAUGAAACCAACAAACUUGUGUACUUCUUUACCAUCUCUAUCACAUUGUAAUUCAAAUUCAAGAACAAAAGCAAGUAAAGAUAUGUCAGGACUUCGAAAGGGCUGCCUUCCACCACUAAAGCUCCAGGCAUCAUCAAACAUCAGCAGAGGAUCAUUUGCAGAGUCAAUUAAUAGAGAGAGUUCAAGUAAUGUAAUAAAAUCAAAAUGUUUGCCACAGAAAAAUAAGGAAGAUAGAGAAAAUAUAGUAGCUGUGAAAGAUAUAAUGGGCCUCAUAUGUAUCGCUUUGAAAGGAAAGAAAUCACCUUUUAAACACUUACUGCAUGGAAAAGAACCACAGCGGAGCAGUAAAAAACUAGAGAAGAUGCGGGAAGGUGAAAGUAAUCUAGACGUAGUUCAGAAUAAACUCUGUGCUUCUAUUCUUUCUUCACCUCACUUGGAAUGGAAUCCUAGAAUAAAAGAGGUAUCCAUAAGAGAAUUCACAAGAUUCUGUCUUCCAUCCUCAACAUGCCAGGAAUUAUCAGACACAGUGGAAAAAUGUGAGCAGCCAGUUGAUGAUAUUCGAAGCAGUAUCGAAAAAGCAAAGCAUACACCACAGAACAACAAAGACAGAGUGGAAAAGGCUUUGGAAAAAAUUACGCCUUCCAAAAGAAUAGCUCUGGAGGUAAAGCAGCCUUCACUGUUCCAAGAAUUAAACAUCAAAGAAAAAGGGGAAGAGAUUCAGGAAGAUAAGCAAGUUGAGAUUUGGAGCAAAGCUUUUGCUUCCAUCUCUUUUCUACCUUACUCUAAAAUGGACACAAUAAAAGGAGAGGAAGCCAUGGGAAUGAAAAUGAGAUCCUCUUUUUCACAACCAAAUCUCCAAGAGUCAUCAGAUAUAGAGAAAAUAGCAUAUGAAAAGUAUAUUUCUCAUAAUAUCUCAAACAGUGUAAAAAAGACCCUAGAACAUAUUUUGGAAAAACAGCAGGAGAAGCUAAAAAUGGAAAAAAAAUUACCUUUGAAGAAAAGGAAAUUAUCAAUUUCACAGGGAAUUCAGUUGGAUAUCAAAGGGCAAGAGAAAAAGAUAGAAAAUAUUAAAGGUGAAUCAAGUGUGCUUCUGAUGAAUGCCAGCACUUCUAUCCCUUCUUCUUCUCAUUCACAAUUGGAUACAAGAAUAGAAAAAGCAGAGUAUGUAACUGAAAAAACAAGAAAUUAUCUUCCAGAACUAUCACACCAAAAAUCAUCAGAGGCAGGGAAAAAAGCAGAUGAAGUGGCCAAUGAGAGUGAUACCACAAUUGAAGUACAAAAAGUGAAAGAUUAUAUGCAACAGAAAGAAGAGAAUGAAGUCAAAAUAUCAGCUAAGAAAGACGAAAUGCAUCCCGAAGACAAAGGUCGAAAAGGAAAGAAGGCACUUUCACAGGACCUACCACUGAAUCCUAAAAAGCCAAAGAAAAUGGAUCACGACGCUCAGGAGCAAGGGAAAGAGGACGGAGAAGGCGAGGAGCAAGGGAAAGAGGACGGAGAAGGCGAGGAGCAAGGGAAAGAGGACGGCGAAGGCGAGGAGCAAGGGAAAGAGGACGGCGAAGGCGAGGAGCAAGGGAAAGAGGACGGCGAAGGCGAGGAGCAAGGGAAAGAGGACGGGGAAGGUGAGGAGCAAGGGAAAGAGGACGGAGAAGGCGAGGAGCAAGGGAAAGAGGACAGAAAAGGAGCAGGACAAGGAAAAGCUGAUAGAGAAGACAAAGAACAAGGGAAAAUGCAUCACGAAGUUGAAGAGCAACAGAAAGCAGAUGGAGUAGGCAUAGAGCCACGGAAACAGGAUGGGCACAUGCAUGAAAAGGAAGCAGCUCUGUCCCUCUGUCUGCCUUCCGAGUCCUCGCUAACUCGUUAUAAAUUGAACACAAGAAUAGAAGGAGAGGAAGACUUACAAGGAAUAAUAAAAUCUGCUACUUCACAGUUAAGGCACCGGAAAUCAUUUGAUGCAGGGAAAACAGCACACACAAAGUCAUCUGGGAAGGACAGCUCAAAUGAUGUAAAAACAUUACAAGAAAAUAAGCUACAGAAAGAAGCAGAGAGAGGAAAGACAGUAAGUAUGGAUUCUAUAAUGGAACCUGAAGGCUCAGUUUUUGAGGCAGAGAAAUUAUCAUUUCCACAUACGCUCAGUAUUCCUGGCAGUGGUGGCUCAAAAACUGGAGAAGUACCAACAAACACAAAAGUAAAACUGAGACAAGUACAGGAAAGAAAGAGUGAAUCAGAAGACGGUCUGACAACACUGUCUCUACCUCACCGUGAAUUCGAUAGAGGAACAGAAGGCAUGAAAGAGAAACAAGGAGUAACGAGAGCCUUUCCUUCACCUUCGUGGCACAUGGACUCAUCGGAUACAGAGAAAUUAAAAUACACAACGUCGUCUCUGAAUGAUAUUGCAGGUGAUUCAAAAAGAACAAAAUACACGGCCCAGAUACAAAAGGAUAAGGCGAAUACUCCUGAGAAAAGUGUAAUGCAUCCCAAGCACAUAGUUAUGAAGGCGGAGAAAUCACCCAUUUCCCAUUCACUAAAAGCAAAGGAACUGCAAGUGAACAUCAGUCAACAAGAGGAAAAGUCACAGGAAGGUGAGGUGGAAAUAGUUGUGCUUCUGAGCAAAACUUGUCCUUCUGUCACUUCUUCAACUUUCCUUGAGUUAGACUCAAUAAAAGAAGACAGCGAACGAGGAAUAAUAAGAAGCUGUAUGCCACAUCUUAAGCUCCGGGAAUCAUUGCCUUCAGGGCAAACAGCAUCUACAAAGCCAAUAGAGAACCUUGUAAAGAAGGGGAAACAUCCUCUCCCACAGAAAGAAUGCAGAAUACAAACAGCAUCCAUGCGUGGUAUAAUACACCCCAAUGGUGCCAUCUUCAAGGCAAGGACAUCAGCACCUCCACAGGUGUUCAGCAUCACUGAGCACAGUCCUCCGAGCAAUAGAAAGAAGACACAGUGGGGCACGAAAGAGAGAGCAGGACAGAAGCAGGAAAGGACGGGACGUCCUCAUGUGAUUCUGACAAAAACCCAUCCAUUCACGCCUUCUGCCUCUCACCAUGGAUUAUCUCCUUCACAACUGAAGCUUCCUCUAUCAUCAGGUUCAGGAAAAAAUGUGUCUCUCCCACAGUUAUGGUUCAAGGAAUCAUCAGAUGCAGGGAGAAUAACGUGUCCAGAAACAAUCCAUGGAGAACUUUCAAAUGAUGUAAAGCAAUUAAAAGUACACUUGCUACAGAAAGAAGAGAAGGAUAGAGGAGAAGUAGCAGAUACGACCAGUGUAGUGGAUCCCAACAAAAUGUAUUUGAAGGCAAAGAAAUCACCUGUCUUACAUACACACAGUUCAAGUGAUCUUCAGUGGAAAACUAGAGAACAAGAGGAGGAGAAGGUUCAGAAAGUUAAAAGUGCGCCAGGUGUCAUGUGGUCUAGGAGUCCUUCUGGAUCCUCCCCACUUCACUUUAACGUGAGUACUGAGUUUCAAGAGGAAAGCAGACCGAUAUUAACAAGAUCCUCUUUUCCCCUGAUAAAGCUCCAGGAAUCACCAGAUACUGAGGGAGGCAUAGACAUAAGGCCAAUUGCUGGUGAUGUUUUAAUCCAUCUACAAAAAGAAAAACAUGUGUCGCAGAACAAGGAAGAGGAUCAAGUGCAAAUAGAAAACAUCAUAAUAUUCCCCAAACAUCAGGAAGAGAAGAUACAGGAAUGUGAAGGUGAAGCAGGUGUGGUUCUGACCAAAUCUACUUCAUUGCCAUCUCUAUCUCAACUGGAAUUGGAUAAAGAAACACACUUAGAUAAUGAAAUGCUCAGACUUGAAAGCUCUAUUCUGCAGAGAAUAUCACACAUAGGGGAGAUUGUACAUAGAGAGCCAAUUGUCGGUGAUAACUCGAAAGAUGUUAAAAAUGAAAAGCAGCAUAUCCCUCAAAAAGAAGAAAGGGAAAUAAUAAUAGACUCUAGAGGCACAGAUAUAACUCUGAAGUCAAAGAAGUCACCUCGCUCCUGUAUGCUCCAUAGAACAGAACUACGUGUGAACAUCAGAGGGCAAGAACAAAAGGAAGAUGAAGGUCAAGAUAAACCACCAGGUAUGAUUCAAAGAAAGAACUAUGCUUCCAAACUUUUACCACCUAACCUUAAACUGGGGAGAGCUACGCAAUCAGAUGAAGAAAGGCGUGGAGGUAAGACAUCCUGUUUACUUCCACUAACGCCUUCAGCAUUACCAGACACAGAGAAAGCAGCAGAGGCAGAGGCAAGGAGUGGUGAUGUAAGAAAAGGAAAAACAUACAGGUCACAGAAAGAAAACAGGCAUGAAGUGAAAACGAUAGAGAUGAGGGUCAGGAUACACUGCCAAGAGGCAAGGAGUUCACCAAUUUCACAUAUCCUUCGUGCAAAGGAAUUAGUGUUGAAUAUUAACAAACUGGAGAACAAAGUACACAAAGAUAAAGACGAAGCAUGUGUGAUUCUGCCACGGACUUUUCUUUCUGUACCAUUGGUGCCUCCUCGUUAUGUGGAUUCAGGGAACAAAAUCGACAAAGACACACCAGGAAUUGCAGGACCAUCUGGUCCAUGGCGAAAUCUCCGGGUACCCUCAAGUAUCCAGAAAAUAACAAAGAGAGACUCAGUUGAAGGCGACGAUAAAAUCACUGUUAAGCAAGCAGAACAGUACGUGCCCCACCCAGAGGCAGAGCCACAGUGGACCUCAAACUUCAAGAUCGGCGUCCAGCAGAGGAACGAACCUUCACGAGUCAGGUCAGGAGGAUAUUUGAGUCGAUUAGUUUUUAAUUCACAGGAUGAGGACAUUUAUUUCACAGGGUUUGGUACCAGAAGAAGUGAGAAAAGGCUGGAAUGGCUCUUUACAAAGAAAAAGACUCAGCCAGGAAAAACAAAGGGAUCACUCAAAAAAAUAAGUACUGUCACUAAUUGGAAUGCCCCACAAAAUAUAGAAGAAAAAGAAGAAGAUAUCGGCAUGAAAAAGCAAGUAGUGCGACAGUCAGAACAUGGGCACGAGACCAGGCCGAACACUAUCCUUUCUCUUAAGUUUCCACUUCAAAGUGGAAAGGAGAAGGCACCGUCCGAAACAGAUGUGGACCAGAAAACAACAGCGCAUCCCGGCCUACAGAUACCACAGAUACUACCGGGAACACACGUAGAUGUGACAGAGAUCGACACUACACGAGGGGGAAAGGAGCAGGCAUCGCUCAUUUCAGAACAAGAGGAAUGUGUUCUGGAAUUGCUUCCCAAGUCCCUAGUUCCUCCCUGGACUUUUCCAUUUCAAUCAGGGGAUCUGAAAGCAAAAGAUCAGCCAGACACAAACACCAAUAUAAAUCUAGAGCAGAAACAAUUAGAAAUGGACCAUGGUAGUGCUGUGAAACAGAAAGAAGGGAAAUUAAAAAUAGGCACAAACAGAGCUUUCCCUCUGGAAGAAGAUAAAACAGAGUGGCAUAAGGCUGGAAUUGCCAAUCUGGAGAAGGAGAAAGUAAGAAUGGACACAAGCCAUAGUGCACACCUGCAUCUUCCAUCUCUAAAGGCAGAAGAAUCUCAAAUGAAGACUCAGGUCAUCACUCAUAAUGAGAAGAGCCGCCUAAUCGUGAAAAAACAGAAAAAUGAACUAGAGGCAUCUAAUGCAAAACAAAACAUUCAACUACAAAAAUUGUUUCAAAGACAUAUCCUGGAUUCUUUUUAUUCCUAUAUUCCUCUUUCUUCCAAAUGUAAAGUCCAAAAAGGCACAUUAACAGUAACAGAUCUGAAAAGAGAAUUGAGCACCAAAUAUUUAACCAUGAAAAUCCAGAAUCACCCAAUUCCACAGAUGCUUAAUAUCACAGGGCAUGGUACACCAAGCAAUAGAAAGAAAUUAGAGUAUGAUGUUAAGUUAAAGGACAUGGUUUCAUGGAGUAAAGAUGUCUCAGGAAUAUUUAUUAGAAGUAUUUCUAUUUCCAUGAUGAGUUCACCUCACCCUGACUCUAAGACAAACCUAGAAAGAGAAAAGGGAAUCUGCCUUUCUAAAUUCCAGGAAAAAUCACUAAACACUAGUGAAAUUUUUAAGAGAGACCGUUUAACAAUUGCAAAAGGGAAACAGAAUUUUACAAACACAGUUCCACAAGAUCCGCAGCCCUUUGUAGCGGGCAAACAACGAAUGCCGAAACUUGCUAAUGUCAAAUCAGAAGCAAACCUCAGAAGUGAAGUGAAUAAAAAAUACUUAAAGGCUCAAACAAAAGAACGGGUUGUUCUAGGGAAUGACGUCUCAAGAGUCAUUAAAAAACCAGACUUGCAUGUCAUCGAGCAAGAAGAAAUGAUUCCCAGAUGUAUUCUGACACCCACAGAGUGUCCAUCUAGGCUUGAAGAUCCAAACUUACCCAAGCAAAGGGAUCAGAGUGAACCAGUAUGGGACAUGAUCACACAAAAGGUUCAGCAACAAAAUGCUUUCCCAGGAACUGUACCCGUUCCACCUCUAGUUAAAAGUAAUGAAGUCAAAAUAAUUGCAGACAGUACGAAUGCAGAGCAUUUACUUCCUAUUUGUGAAGCAGCCAAGGAUAUCUCUGAAUCCCAUGUUAAAACUAUGAUCCAAGACAAAGUUUCUUCGGAUAAACUGGAAAACAUACAAGCCUGUAAGCCUGAUGACUUGAAGUCGGCACCUUUUCCAGAGGGUUCACAUACAACAUCAACAGCAAUACGUCCCAAAAUGCAGCACAAACCCCUUUUAGAACAGUUUACUCCCAAAGAAAAAAACAAGCUCACUAGUCAUUUAGAGUCAAAAGCAUUUGAAAUACAACUGAAUCUGAUGCCAGAGAUGGCAAAAAAAUCUUUACACAUGUUCAACUUUUAUCCAAACGGGACUAUUUCAAACGAUAACAGUUGGAGGUUCUAUUUGAGACAUAAAACAAUGAGCUUUAUGUCUCUAGAAGGGAUCGAUACCAUAGAACCCAACACAAAACACAAAUACCAAAAUAAUUUACCUCCUAUCAGCAAUACGAAGAUGCUGAUCGUUGAUGUUUCAAGUGGCAGUGAGGAGACCACGAAGCUACAGAGUAUUAAUAAGCUAGAAAGUGGAACAUCUUCAGUGACUUUUGCUAGUGAGAUGCUAUUGCCGCAUACCCUCCAAAACCAUUCAGCAAAAGCAAAAGCCAAACUCCUCACGCACUUUUCUGUGAAAGCAUUGGAGAUACAAAUGAAAGCCUUUCCCAGAAUUGUAAGAGAAUCUCAUGCAAUGACCAGUGCUCAGGAGAGAAAGAAACCUCUAUCUAACUGUGUUCAUUCUGGUAUCACAAGACCAAAAGGACAAAACAGAAUUUUGUUACUUUUUGAGGAAAAAUCUCUCCAUCAAAUAGAUCUUGAUUUACAAUACAAAUGCCUUCGUUUUCUCCGGGGGCUUCCUGUUGGAAGUACAUUCCCUAAGCCAAACCUAUUUCCCAAACAUAGUAAGUUAAACACAGUUGGAAUGUAUAAAAAAGUAGAUGCUGGUGGAGAAAGUGAGAGUCUUGCCAUUGAUACAGAACAGUUAGAGCAACAUAUUUCUUUGAGAAAGCAAAGUCCCCAUGAAAACUCAUCACUUAUCAGAAAAUUGCCAGAGCCAACCCUCGUGUGUGAUUCUGACCGUGACCUGCAGAGCCCGAGGAAGAAAGACACUCAAGUUCUUUCACAUUCAGAAUUCCAUGUGACUCCAGAAAAAAACAAACAAUUUCAUGUAUGGUUUCAAGAAACAAAUACAUAUAAAUCUAUCGAUUUAAGGACUCAGAGCAAUGCUAUUGGUUCAGCUGAUUCACAUGAAACUCAAAUUUCAAAAGAUUUUAUUGAUAGUCAGACAAAUAUUGAGAGUCCAGCUGAGUUGGACAAAUGUCCAGGUCUUGAAGUAAGUGAGAGUGAGGAAUGUAUGUUUCUGGAAGCCAACUCUUAUUUAAAUCAGGAAUCACAAAACAUUCUAUUUGAAUUACAGACAGGCAUGCCUUUGGAAAAUUCCUGCAAAAUCACAAGUGAUUUGAAAUCAUUUUACAGUGAAGAUUCACAUUCGCAUUGUACUAGAGGGUACAGAAAGCAAACCUUAUUUAUUACACCACCUUCUUAUAAGUCCCAUGAAACCAGGAAAUAUAGAUCAUCUUCCAAAAUGAAAUCUCCUGACUGGUUGUGUCAUCAUUCAUUAAAUACUGUGGAAAUUCAGUCUAGGUCAUCUGGUGUAUCAUUCAGUGAAGAGAAACCUUCAUGGACUACCAGGAGCAGAACAAGUUACUCCUUAGCUUCCUUAACGGAAUCAAGUAUUAAAUUGCAUCUUGCAAAAAACCAAGACAAGUCUCACAUGCACCCAGAAAGAAAAGGAAGAAAGAAGGCCAGAUUUGAUUUAUUGAAGAAGAACAACAGUCACUGGGACCACGAUUACAGUUGUACACACAGUAAAGAGAAACGUGCCAGAAAGAAGAGAGUGCAUGAUUAUGAGUCAGAAAGAUUGGAUUGCUUCCAAAGCAAACAUAACUCAACAUCAAAACCUCAUCGUGGCGAUAUCAACUUCUAUUCUGAAAAAAAACAAAACCGGCCCUUUUUUUUUGCCUGUGUACCAGCAGACUCACUGGAGGUUAUACCCAAAACCAUUCGCUGGACUAUUCCCCCUGAAAGCUUAAGGAAAAGAAACUUCAGAGUUCCCCUAGUGGCAAAGAUUUCAAGUUCUUGGAAUAUAUGGAGUUCCUACAAAAAGUUGUUGGGGUCGCUCUUGGGGUCCCUUACUACAGUUUAUCACAGCUGACAUUACCAUAGCUAAACUCCUCUGAAGUGGACAGCUGGUGGCUGUUAUGACAUUCUGUGAAAAAUAAAAUCAUAUAAAAUCCAA